AAGACACCCUGUUUGACAGCAUUGAGAUUAUACUGCUGGCAUACCAAAAAUCCCAAACAACUGUAAGCCUACACAUCUGUUCCCAUGCAACGCUUGACUGAGAUUCACGAGAUGCAUCAAGCAUUAGAAUUCAGUCCUGUGAUUAAAGCAAAACGCGUACAACAGAAGUCCCACCACAUGACUGAAUGCUCUCCGAGGUUAUCCAAAGGCCCUAAUUGGCUUUAGGAUUACAACUUGCCCCGUGCUUUGAGACUCUCUUCAAGCUCUGACAUGGGAGAAACACAGAAGGCAACAAAUACGUCUUCCGCAGACAUGAAUGGAUACUGGAAAAUGACAAGCAAUGGAAACUUUGAUGAAUACAUGGAAGCAUUAGAUGUGAAUAUUGUCAUCAGAAAAAUUGCCAGUUAUCUCAUCUUUGAUAAGGAGAUUGUUCAGAACGGUGACCAUUUUAAUAUCAAGACUCUCACCACCUUUAGGAAUUACCACAUGGAGUUUGAUGUUGGAAAAGAGUUUGAGGAGGAUUUGACUGGUAUUGAUGACAGGAAAUGUAUGACAAUGGUAACCUGGGAGGGAGACAAACUGGUAUGCGUGCAGAAAGGAGAGAAGGAAGGAAGGGGCUGGACCCAGUGGGUAAAAGGGGACGAGUUACAUGUGGAGAUGCAAGCAUGUGGAGUGGUGUGUAAACAGGUUUACAAGAAACAAGUGAUCGACUGAACGUGCCUUUAAAUUUGAAUCUUUAGUGAAGUACUUUGUUGUAAAUGAGAGUUUGCUGCCUAUUUAUAUUAGUCAUUGUUGUUUCAUGGUUUUCAUUUAAAGUGCAAAUGUUUCAUUAUUUAAAGGGCACCUAUUAUGGCAUUUUUACAAGAUGUAAUAUAAGUCUCAGGUUUGCACAGAAUGUGCCUGUGAAGUUUCAACUCAAAAUACCCCACAGAUCAUUUAUUAUAGCAUGUCCAAAAUGCCCCUAUUUGGAUGUGGGCAAAAAAACGCGUUUUAAUGCCUGUACCUUUAAAUGCAAAUGAGCUAUAGCUCCUCACUUCCUUACAAACAGACAGUGAGCGCUUUCAGUUCAAAUUAGCAAUGCAUAGUCCCUCCAGAAAAACGCGAUUAUGUGAUCACAUGAUUCAGUGCAUAAUAGCCAAAGUCAGCAUAUUUAUGCGGGGGCCGCAUUUUUUAAAUACAAAUUUCUGCUCGCAAAAUAUGCGGGGCUUGCAUGAUUUCAUAAUCCCCACAUUUUCGUAGCAAAAAGUCAUAUAUAUCUUAGCAAAAAAUAGAAAAACAUUGCAUUUACUUUACACAUGCGCAGCUAUGUCCCCUGUUGUCAUGGGAAUGUUAGGAAGUGACGUAAUUAUGCGACGUGACCAUCAAUGAAAAGCUGCAAAAGCUGCAAACAGUUUCUGCAGGUUCACGCAGUUUUUGCAAGUUCCCGCAAUUUCAUUGUAUUAAAAUUAUUACAUAAAUGGGUGAUUCUCACGAAACCAUUGAAACACCACGGCACUAAUGAUUUUAGCUUUAAAAUGUGUAAUAUAGUAACAUUAAAAAGCAUCAGAAUUAACACAAUACUGUGUUCUACCUUGCACAAUGUGUGAUUUCAACAUAAGAAUUUAUAAUUGUAAAUUUUAUCUCAUUUUCUGCUGAAAUUCUCAUUACCGAAAUGUGUCCGGCUGUGUUUGAACAUGCGUUAUGUUGUAAUUUAAUCAAAUUAACACAAAAAUAUUAAGAAAAAAAAUAAAUGGAUGUUUUGGUAGACUACUUUAGAUGACAGAAUUUUUUUUUACUGAAUAUUCAUGUAUAAUAAUAAUGAAGAAAAAUUAGGAAAAUGAUGUGUCCAUGCCUGAUGUUCUCAUCCUCCGCAACACUUUUUGAGAACAGUUUAAGCACACAUACAGAAUUUUAAUAAAGUUUGAUUUUGAGUGACAUGGACCAGUUACUUCAAGAUGGCUACCAGGUAAGAUCAAUUUUUUACAGUUAAUUUGAAAUAUUGUCUUGUCAGAAUGCUUACACGACAUUUUGAUUAUCAUUACCGCAACAGAUGCUUAUUAAAUGUUAAUUUAAUUAAUAGAAGCAUAAUACUUUGAUUUUAAAUGCAUGUGCAGAAUCUCCAAAUUAUGUUCUUUCAGGUUUGUCAUGUCAUUUUGAAAAUAUAUCAGUGUUGAUGUUUUCUGACUGUUGCGGUAAUGAGAUUUUUUAGGACUAUUUUUUUAAUUAUGUUACAAAAAGUGUUAAAUGAUAAGUAAAAGUUUUUAAAUAAAUGUUCCCAUUUACUCCAGACUUUGUUUUUCAAUGUCUGGUGGGAAAAAAGUAAAUUUAAGCAAUUUUUACAUUUUCAUGCUUGACAUUUUUAAAACCAAGUUUUCGCGAGAAUCACCCAAAUAUCCCGCAUAUUCCAUCGCGUUUUUAAAAGAAACGUGCCGCAAGAUCAAGGAUUUGCCCACAACAAUCACAAAAAACUCCCAGUUUUUCUGAAAGAAUUGCAUAAUGAUGAAUCACGAUUAAUCUAUAGCAUAAUAAAAGUUUUUGUUUACAUCAUAUAUGUUUGUGAACUGUGUAUAAUAAUUAUGUAUAUAUAAAUGCACACAUGCAUGUAUAAUUUUAGGAAAUAAUAUAUAUUUAUAUAUCAAGUACUUAUAUAUAAAUUAAAUUAUACAUAAAUAUACAAUUGCAUGUACACAUGUAAAUAUUUCAUAAAUAUAUACAUGCAUGUGUGUGCAUUUAUCUAUACAUAAUUAUUAUACACAGUUCACACACAUGAUGUAAACAAAAACUUUUAUUCUGCUAUAGGUUUUAAUUAUGGAAAUGAAGGACUGUUAGUGGGCGGGGCUUUAUCUUUGUGACCUCACAUUGAUAAGAGAAUCAAAACAGCAUUGCUAAUGGUUUAAUGGGGAUUAAAACAAGGAGUGGGUGGAUUUUUUUCAUUGUAGGGUGGUUGUGUUUCACGCACUGCCAAAACACAUUAUGUCCAAACACCUUGCAAAAGUGUAUUUUGCAUAAAAGGUGCCCUGAUU